AUGGGGCGCUCCCGCAGCCGCAGCUCGUCGCCGUCGCGCGCCAAGCACGCCAAGGGCAGCAAGCACCCGAAGAAGCGCAGCCGCUCGCGCUCGCGCUCGCGCGACAAGGAGCGCGCCCGCAAGCGCUCCAAGUCGCGCGACGCCAAGCGCGCCCGCCGCCGGGACUCGCGCUCGCGCUCGCGCUCCGCCACCGCCGCCGCCGCCAACGCGCACGCCCGGCGCGAGCGCGACCGGGACAGGGACCGGGAGCGGGAGCGGGAGCGGGACCGCGACCGGGACCGCGACCGGGACCGGGACCGAGACCGGGACCGCGACCGCGAGCGCGCCGCCUCGCCGCCCGACCGCGUCGACAUCUUCGGCCGCACGGUCAGCAAGCGCGGCGGCCUGGACGACAAGCAGAAGCGCGAGGACGACGAGAAGAAGGCCGAGUUCGAGCGCCAGCGCAAGAUUCGGCAGCAGGAAAUAGAAGAAAAACUCAUCGAAGAAGAAACUGCGCGAAGAGUCGAAGAGUUGGUGGCCAAGAGGGUUGAAGAAGAGUUGGAGAAGCGGAAGGAUGAGAUUGAGCGAGAAGUCCUGCGGAGGGUGGAGGAAGCCAAGCGCAUCAUGGAAAAGCAGUUGCUCGAAGAACUCGAGCGACAGAGACAAGCUGAGCUGGCGGCACAAAAGGCCAGAGAGGAGGAAGAACGGGCAAAGCGUGAGGAGCUGGAGCGAAUACUGGAAGAGAAUAACCGAAAAAUUGCAGAAGCACAAGCCAAACUGGCUGAAGAACAGUUGAGAAUUGUCGAAGAACAAAGAAAGAUUCAUGAGGAAAGGAUGAAACUAGAGCAAGAGCGACAGCGCCAACAAAAGGAAGAACAAAAAAUGAUCCUGGGCAAGGGGAAAUCCAGGCCGAAACUGUCCUUCUCAUUAAAAACCCAGGAUUGAGCCACAGACUCAGAACUUUUUACAAAGCAAAAUGGAAAGAAAAACUUUGGAUGGUAGCUUCAUGUUGAAGUGGUUUCGUUCUUGUUUUUGUUUUAUUUUUUUAAUUUGGAAAAUCUGGAAAGUUAGCUUGUUCUAAUAGGGGCUAUGCUCUGCAACUCCUCCAACCCUCCUUAACGUGGACAAGUCAAACCCUUAUCAGAUCCUUGCUGCCUUCUUCAAAGGGGUCUAUCUUUCACCCUGAAUUCUCUUAGCCAAGUGGUCUGAGUUCCGAGGAACCAGGUCACUUUGUAAACUGGCUGGUCUGAUAAGGUUUUUUACUGCUCUCCCCCAUCCUACCCCUAACCCUACUUCAGAGUCUUACUCUGCCACAUCGUAAAUGCUGGUUUUGCCAACUUUUUCUUUUUUUUUAGACUUAGAAAAAGAGAAAAAGUUGGUGUUUGCAUUGGGAGCUCCCAGGGUGUUACUGGACCAAGUGGUGUAUUGUUAGGCUGUGUUCCCCUCACUGGUGCUCUUGCUGUUCCUGAUACAGGUAAGGAAAGACGGUCAGCUCUGGUACCAAUACACACAGUUCAGUAUUGUCUCUGUUCAGUUUGUUUUUAUUUUAUGAAUUGACAAAUUCAAACCAGCAUUCCCCACUGUGUAAAUAAAUGAUUUUGCUGAAUAAAGUAAAGUCUUAAAUUCGUA